AAAUACCAUCAUAGCUUCGACUUCUUCUUUUCUCCUGUCCUGUCUUUCUUGACACUUUAUCGCAACUUUAUAUCCUUCAUAUCCCGAACCUUCAGCCUCGCAACCCGAUUUUCAUCUACUACCUUAAUCAACAACCACAACCCCAAUAAUUCACAAUGGCCGGCGGACAUGACGAAGAUCUGAUGCCCGAGGACAACUCGGGCUACAAGCUCUCUCAGCCCAAGCAGUCCUUGGCUGAGUACCAAAAGAUGGACGAGAACGACGAGUCCCUCAAGCGCUACAAGGAGUCCCUCGGCCUCGGCGGCGGCAAUGACCUGUCUGACCCCAACGACCCGCGCGUGUGCAUCAUCCACUCGCUCUCCAUGGAGUCUCCCGGCCGGGAGCCCGUCGUGAUCGACCUCUCGACCCCGGGCUCGCUCGAGGACCUCAAGAAGCACCCCUUCACCAUCAAGGAGGGUGCCAAGUUCACCAUGAAGGCGCAGUUCAAGGUGCAGCACGAGAUCCUGAGCGGUCUGCACUACGUCCAGACGGUCAAGCGCGGCAAGAUCAGGAUCCCCGGUGGCAAGACGAGCGAGAUGAUUGGAAGCUAUGCGCCCAACACGGAUAAGAAUCCUAUUUAUACCAAGACUUUCGCCGAGGAGGAGGCCCCCUCUGGUAUGCUCGCCCGCGGCAACUACAACGCCGUCUCUCGCUUCGUCGACGACGAUGGCAAGACCCAUCUCGAGUUCGAGUGGAGCUUCGACAUUGCCAAGGAUUGGUAAAUUGCUUCCGCUUCGUUCGAUUAGAUAGAUCGUCGUGAUCGCCAUCGUUCAUCGUCAUCAUCAUCAUCUCGUUCUCCUCCUCGCCUUUUAGCCAGCCAGCCGGCUCGGUCGGCUAGUCGGCCGCAUGGGAUAUACAACACACAUACGUACGCCUUCGCUGUGGGGCAUGCCGUGACUGUCAUAGUCCAGUGGGAGGAGGAGGAGGAGGAAGAGGAGAAUGGGGGGGAUGCGCCUCGGCGUAUUGAGGAGCGAGCUCGAAAGAGGAUCAAGACGGGAAUCAAUCGAUCGCUGAGGAAGAAAGACGACAACACGCGCCAGAAGUCCUCUCUGCCGGCUUCGAAUAUGAAGAAGCAGGAGAAGAGAUACUACUACACUACCGCAACUUAACAAGGGAAAGCGACGUCUGUUUCACCUUGUCUACAUAUGGAUAGGAAAGGAGGGGAAAUGGACAGGACGCAAGCGAAUGGAAUGGAAUAGG